AUGAUUUUCAUUAUAACAUUGCUGUACUUUGCAGCCAGUUCGUGCACUGCCCGUCCUUUUGAAGAAAAUGUGCUCCGAAAUGUUAUAACAGUCCCUCCUAACUGCCCACCGGGGCAAACAUUGGUGAAUGGAAUAUGCAGAGACGUAUGGCGUGCUGCUCUUACGGCACCAUCUAAUGCCAUAAACGAGUUUCGAAAUGUUGUAACAGUUCCUCCAAACUGCCCACCAGGUCAAGAAUUGGUAAAUGGAAAAUGCCGAGACGUGUGGCGUGCUGCUACUGCGGCACCUUUGCUCGGAGAAUCCGCUGAAGAGGUAAAAAAUGUGAUAGUAGCACCUCCAAACUGUAGACCCGGUCAGGUCUUGGUAAAUCAACGAUGCUAUGAUUUGUGGAGCAUUCUUCAUGGCUCUAGAAAUAUAAUUGUCGCUCCUUCCAACUGUCCUCCCGGCCAACAACUCGUGAAUGGCAGUUGUCGCGACGUAUGGAGGUCUGCAAAUGUAAUGGACACUUUCUUUGAACAAUGGAGAAACAUGUUGUCAGGACGUGAACGACAGGUUGAAAAUGAGGCUUCGCAGUUUGAAAAUAAGGAUCCUUUUCUACCAAAUAAUGACUUUGUUAAAGACAAAAAUGUCAUCAACGUACCUAACCAGUGCCCUGCUGGAUACAGACCCGAUGCUCUUGGCAAAUGUCGUCCUUAUUUAGUAACCGCUGAAAAGGUAAAAAAUGUGAUAUUAGCACCUCCAAACUGUAGACCCGGUCAGGUCUUGGUAAAUCAACGAUGCUAUGAUUUGUGGAGCAUUCUUCAUGGCUCUAGAAACAUAAUUGUCGCUCCUUCCAACUGUCCUCCCGGCCAACAACUCGUGAAUGGCAGUUGUCGCGACGUAUGGAGAUCUUCAAAAAUAAUGGAUACUAUUUUUGCAAACUGGAGAACUUUUUUAUCAAGAAAAGAAAAUCAGAUUCAAAUUGACGAUUCACAGUUUCACAAUAAAGAUCCUCUGCUAACAAAUAAUGAUUUCGAGAACAGACAUGUCAUUAACGUACCUCACCAGUGCCCUAUUGGAUACAGAGCCGAUGCUCUUGGCAAUUGUCGUCGUAUUUGGCGAUGA